UCCGCUAAGUUAUGCGUCUCAGAACGUGACUUCCGGUCCUCACUCCUUUCUCUGAGCUUCUAUCGACUGUGUGACCCGCGUGUUUACACACUCCCAGAUGAAGGAGUCGAUAAUGAACCAGGAGAAGCUCGCCAAACUGCAGGCGCAGGUCCGCAUAGGCGGCAAGGGGUCAGCGCGUAGAAAGAAGAAGGUGGUGCACAGAACAGCAACAGCAGAUGACAAGAAGCUGCAGUUCUCCCUCAAAAAACUGGGAGUCAACAACAUCUCUGGCAUUGAAGAGGUGAAUAUGUUCACAAACCAGGGGACAGUGAUCCACUUCAAUAACCCCAAAGUGCAGGCUUCACUGGCUGCCAACACUUUCACCAUCACAGGGCACGCUGAGAACAAGCAGCUCACAGAGAUGCUCCCAGGAAUCCUGAACCAGCUAGGAGCCGACAGCCUUACCAGUCUCAGGAGAUUAGCAGAGACCCUGCCCAAAUCAGCUGGAGAUAUCAAUGCCCCCAUGGUUGCUGCUGAAGAGGAGGAGGAGGAGGAUGAUGAUGUUCCAGAUCUUGUUGAAAACUUUGACGAGGCUUCAAAGGACGAGGCAAACUGAAAAAACACCAGCACACAUUUCUAGGCCCCUUGGGAUUCACCUUACUUUGACACAGUGACAUUUUGUAAUUUUUCAUGUGUAACUGCUCUGUGGCUACAAACAAAAGUCGCUUUUUAAUUGUAACCAGGACAAUUGGGCUUAAACAAGUACAACUCACUGUGGCAUCUGUUACUUUUGUUUUUGCCUUUUUUUGCAGUACAUAUGAAAGUAUUUAAUUCAGGUGAAUGUGCAAACCUUUCUCUUUCACGUGCUGCCUUUCCUGCAUGGUGAUGCCCACACAUUAACAAUGUAUUGGUUGAAUCAUGUAAUAAAAAGGACAUUUAAAUUUA